UCCACUUCAAACUUCAAUUUUAAGUCUCAGUUCCAUUAAAGAAGCUCUCUCUCUCUCUUUUUGUAGUCUCAUCGAACAAGAUGAAGUCAAUCCUAUCCAGCACUUCUCUUGACUCGUCAUUCUCUGUCUCUAAACGUUACUUCAGUUGGAAGAAGAAGAAGGUUCAAGAACAAGAUGAAGAGAAAAAAGAAGAUGAAGAAGAAGAAGACGACCACCAAGACAACAACGAAGAAAAUAUCCUGACCCGUUUCAACUUCUCCUCUGACCCGACCCGCCCGGAUCAUUUCGAUACUGGACAGGUCAUGAAAAAGAAGAAGAAAAAGACUAUCGAGAAGAUCCGUUACGCGCUCGGGUUCUCUAACUCGGGUCUGGGUUUCCGGGUCAUUGGUACAUUAUUCGGAAACCGUCGUGGACACGUGUAUUUCGCCGUACAAGAUGACCCGACCCGGUUACCCGCGGUUUUGAUCCAGUUACCGACUCCGACGAGCAUUCUCGUCAAGGAAAUGGCUUCAGGGCUCGUGAGGAUCGCUCUUGAAACGGCAGCGUCUAAGACUGGCUCUAAGAAGCUUUUGGAGGAGUCCACGUGGCGAACGUACUGUAACGGCAGAAAAUGCGGCUACGCGGCGAGGAAAGAGUGUGGAGAGGCGGAGUGGAGAGUGUUGAAGGCGGUGGGGCCUAUAACUAUGGGUGCCGGAGUUUUACCUGCGGUGGUGGAUGAAGGGAAUGAAGCGGUGGGGUCCGAGAAAGGUGAGCUCAUGUAUAUGAGAGCCCGGUUCGAGCGGGUUACCGGGUCGAGAGAUUCGGAGGCCUUUUACAUGAUGAAUCAUGAGGGGUCAAGUGGUGGGCCGGAGCUUAGCGUGUAUUUUCUAAGGGUUUAAGUGGAAGAAAAAACACAAUUUAGUAUGAUUAAUGAAGGUUAAUAUUUAACCAAGGAAUUUCAGAAUGUGUUUUGCUUUUGGGGUUUUUUGUUUCAUGAUGGAAUAUUAAAUAUGGAAAAUGUUAUUUUGUAGCAAUGUUUUAUGAAAUCCCUGUUUCUUUUAGCA